AUGGCUCAGUGGAUUCCAAAGACAGCAUGGAAGGUAUCAAACCUCAACAAACGUUACGGCCCCUCGUAUAUCACGUCCGAAUAUGCUCUUGACAGCGUCGUUGGCUCUACCAAGACGGUGCAUGAUGUUCAAAAAAUGCGACAGAUGAUGUCUGGCCAGAAAGGCGUUGUUGUAAUUGAUGUACGUGAUUCGGUGGAGAGGAAACUCUAUCCUGUCCCCGGUUCUGUUGCAAUUCACCACCACGAUUUGCUCUCUGGAGCAGCCUGUCCAAUCCUUCCGCAGCAAAAAGAGCGAUCGGAGUUAUUCAUCGUUGCUUCUAACCAACAGCGGGGUUUCAAUUGUUCAGCAGCGCUGCGUCGCUGGGGAUAUGACAAUCUCUUUCUCGUUGACUACCGCUCAUUGGUGGACUCGGGCUGCAUCCCUAAGCCAAAGCCUAGUGAGAAUGGUGAAUAG